GAUUGAGCAUGACUUAAAAGGAAAUCUCACCCUGUUGCCAGAAUUAUUAUUGAAAAAUAAAAUACAGUGCAUAUUGUGUUGAUAUAAACAACGGCAUAUAUUAGUGAUUGUGUUGUGUGAGUGCAUAAUUCAUUUGUACAAACCACUAAUACAUCCUUACCUGUAGUAUUGCUGUUAUACUUUGGCUGGUAGAUAAAAAAAAGACCAAAGAUUGAUUGACACUCGAUUUGCAUUUACCAGUAAAUUACAGACUAUCUGAUCAUUGGAAUAUUGCUUCGUAAUGAUUAUUUCAUAGGUCUUGAACUCCAGGUGUUAUUUCGAAAAUAUUGGCGAGAGUUGUUGGCAGCGGUUUCUUUCAUUGUCUUUUGAGAACUUACCUUAGUGAACCUAAUGCUUUAUUACUUUGUAUUACAAGUUUUCACUUCGAUUAUCACCAUUAGAAAUCUGAAAUUAUACUUGUGGCUUUGUAUCUAACUAAUAUCAAUGAAUAUGUGCAACUCCACAGCCAUGCUUGCAACCGAAUUAGAGACUGAAUUCACAUCAGCUUUCUGUAGUCUCUUUCCAUUCAUUGUAGACAUUCAUUAAAAUCCUGUCUUCUUUUGUUGGGGUGAAUAUCUGCAUCAGUGGAUUCUGGAUACUGUGUAUUCACCUGGUUAUUCAAUGAAUUUUAUUAACUUAUUUAUAUUUUAUUUCCUAUUUCGAACUUACCGUAAAUAUGAUUUUUAGUUAAAAUUAUCUCUAGUGUUGAAUUAGUACUUCGUAUCGUACAAUGGGAAAGAAACACAAGAAGCAUAAGUCCGAAAGAAGACAUGAUGACGAAAAUGAGGAGAAGCCUCAUUUAAAGAUCGUUUUGAAACUUGGCGGAGAAGGUGUUUAUGAUUCUGAUUACGCUGCCGGAUCUCCCGCAUCAUUUACUGGAGAAUAUACAAUUGAUAACGAGAAAUCUCACAAAAAGAAAAAGAAAAAACGAAGACAUAAUUCAGACGAACAUGAACAUACAACUUUAAAAAUUAAAAAGAGAUUCAAGAAGGAGUAUGAAGAGUCAUUACUGGCAGAGGCAGAAACAAGAUCCGAACCUCCAGGAAGUGUUCCACCUGCAGCUCCUAUCUCUCCUGAUAACACCAGUCAAUCUUCUCACAAUACCUCAUUCUCUCCUGCUCCUACUACAACAAAAAUUAUUAUCAAGAAAACAAUGGCUUUUACAGAUUUGAUGAGAAAAUCUUUAGACAAAUUAUUGGAACAUUUGCUAAGGCAAUUAGAAAGGAAGGAUCCACAUGAAAUAUUUGCAUGGCCAGUAAACGACAUGAUAGCACCAGGAUAUUCUGACUUUAUUCAACAACCUAUGGACUUCAGUACAAUUAGGAAGAAAAUUAUUCAACAUAAAUAUAAUGAUGUCAAUGAUUUUAGGGAUGACUUCAAACUGAUGAUAGAGAACUGCUGCACGUACAAUCGUCCUGAAACCAUAUUUUAUGAAAGUGCAAAGAAAUUAUUGGCGGCUGGUUUAAAAAUCAUGAGCAAGGAAAGACUACUCAAUAUGAAAAGAAGUCUCAGUUUUCUUCAUGAUUUAAGUAAAGCUGAAUGUGCAUUGAUCAUGGGGUUACCCAUACCUCAGGAGGACAACGUGGUUGAUGUAACAGAUAUGGAUGUUGAAGUUGGUACAGAAUUAGCAAUUCCUGGUGAAAUAUCAACAAAACAAGCAAAAGCUGAUAAUUCCACGGAUGAAUCAGAUUUUGAUCUCCGAGCACAUCCUGAUGCGAUAAGUUUCACGGAUGCUGAUAAUGAAGAAACUGUUGCUCCUGAUGUACUCAAAGCUGCUAAAGAAGCAAAAGAAAGAUUGGAUAAAAUGUGUCCAAAAACUAAGAUGGGAUUUCUCAGAAUCGAUGAAGUUGGCAAAACAACAUUUAAUUUUCUAAAUCCUGAUUUACCAGACCCAGAAAGUAAUGUUGUUGAUCUUGGUACACUGACUGGACGAUUAGCAAAUGGACUUGAUGCCUUACCUGAAGCUAAAGAAGAUAAAAGGAAUAGAGUAACUCCUUUAACAUAUUUAAGCUAUGGACCAUUUGGAUCAUUUUCACCGACAUACGAUUCAAGAGUUGCAAAUAUAACACAGGAGGAAAGUGAUUUAUUAUUGUCUGCUUAUGGAGGAGACACUGAAUAUUUAUUUGCCAAGAGCUUGCAUCAUUUUGUGAAAGAUUCCAACAGUGACUUGAUAAAUAUGGUGGAUGAUCUUUUAGAUACUUUAACUCAUGGAGCUCACAAGAGAGCAAUUGAAAGUAUUGAUAAUAAACGAAAAUCGGAAGAAGCAGAAAAAGCAAAACAAGCUGCAGUUGAGAUAGGACAGUUUUCUCAAGAAGUGAAAAAAGAAGCAGGCAAUGAAGAACCUUCUACUUGCACCAUUCAAGAAAAAUUGGACAAAGCAGGCGAACUUGUUGUUAAGUUAGAACAAAAACAGAACGAGAGAUUGAGUGAAAAGCCACCACUUGGUCAAUCCAAUUUGAAAGGACCUACUGUUGAAGAGACUGCCAUAGCUUCCGAAUUACAAGGUGAAUUGACAGAUUUGAUCGAGCGAACUCAACCUGAACAAGUCAGCAAUGUUGAUGGAAUAAGGAAAGCAAUUGGAGUGGAUAUGUCUCAAGUAGAAUCAACUUCUUGAAAAUUUAAGAGACACGUUUCAGUAUGAUGAAAAUGAUAUACAACUGAGAAUGAAGAAGAUUAUGUCUCUGUCCUAAGUGUGGCCCAAUGGAGAGAAUUAUCUGCCUUUGGGUUCAACAAUUAUAUUAUUGUUAGAGAGGUUUGAAAUACUUGUGCUACAAGGAUCAAUUUAGCUCUAUACAGCAGCGAUAUAGCAAUAAAAAUGUGACCAUUGCAAAAGAUUUAUAGAUAAUAGUAAAAAACUGCAUUCAGGUUGAGGUGUCAUUGGGAAACACCUUGUUCGCAUGAUGCGUUUUUUGCUUUCAAGAGGCCGAUUGCCACUUUGGCUCUUAAAUUACCAAAGUGAUUUUGGGUUAUCAAGGUAUUUGGUGACCACCAAUUUCCUCCCAAUUAUUUAUCGUUCAAUAAGUGUCCCUACCAGAUACCUUUUCCAGUGCUGCUUUUUGUAAGCUAUUAAAAACAGAAUUUUUCAUGAUUACAUGUUUUGUAUUCGUAAAAUAGACUUUUUUUUUUAAAUAAAAUUUUUGUUAAAAUUAA